GAAAUAUUUUCGAAAAGGACGUAUGUCAACGAAUUAAAUAGGCUUUAAGGCUUUUUAAAUUACGAUGUAACAUUUUUGCUUAAUUUUAGUUUUGGGGUAUAAAACAGCGAAGUCUUUGGUAAAAAUUAUCAGAAGCAGAUCAAGAACCUCCUCGCCGAAAAGAGUUGAGUAACCCCGCUCCUCAGUGAAGAGAGUUGAGCCCUGAGCGACACCAGCCACCGCUUACCAGCCCUGAGUCGACCCCGGCGCUGUGCAAGUGAACACUUCAAGCUAAAACAAGUUCCACUUCUGAGCACUAUGUCCGAUUCAGAAUUUGAAGUUAUUCCGAAGCAGGGAUCUACAAAGAAGACUCCUGCUGCACGCCAAAUGAAGCGUUCGCGAGCCCCUCCGUCGAUUUCGUCGAUUGACCAGGAGAAUACAAAGAAGAAAGCAAAGACACACGACAUCUUCGAGCUAAGUCACGGGCGCCCGGUCGGCAAUGAAGGAAGCGACAAGAGGAUCGUAUCGUACUUCGUGAACAAGGUGGCGAACGGGUCAGAGCGGCGUACAACUAGCUUGGAUGGCGAAUACGUGGUGGACUUGAAGAUAUACCAUGCCAACGACGUGAACAACACUGAUUCAAGAGAAGUCUGGCGCAAGGCUCUUCUACGAAUCAAGCUGCAGACUCCGGAUGACAGCGAUGAGUGGAAGUUGUUACAGAAGCUAGUUACACGAAUUGACAAAAACUUUGAAGAUGAACCACGAUUUUACUCUGACAAACAUGUAGAUUGAACACGAUUGAACAAA